UCAGAUGACUAGCCUGGUCUGAGAAACUUCUCCAGCAUAUCGAAAGUUAGAGAAACAGAAGCCACAGGAGCCAUGGAGCUGCAGGAGAUCCCCAACGAGGGGGAAACACACGAGGAAGGUGAAGGAGCAAGUGAACCGAUGCUGGAGGUCAAAACUGAAGAGGAAGCAGAACCUGACCACUACUCCAAACUACAAAGUCCAUCUGAAGAUAUCUAUUCAGAAGCUUUAUUCAGUGGCGAUCCCGUUAAACCAAGGGCAGAAACGACCCGAGCAGGCAAACCGACGGAGGGGAACUCACGUCUGUACCGUGCUGCGUGUUUGUUCCUCACCAUAAUCUGCCUGAUCCUGCUGCUGGUCGUCAUCAUACUCAGUGUGAAACUCCAAACUGGCUCUACCAUCUGUCCAGAGAGAGAGGGAACUACAGCAGAUGCAAGGAGUCGUCCUUCUGAUUUGACAUGCAGCCACAAGAAUUGCGAGGCUCUCUUCCCCGAGAUGCAACCCCAACAUGCCAGCUGUCGGCAGUGCCCUGGCGGCUGGCUGCGUUAUGGCCCGUCGUGUUUCUACCUGUCCAACUUCAGGCUGAGCUGGGAGGAGAGCCAGAGGAACUGCAGCUCCAACGGAGGGUCUCUGGCUGUCAUUGCCAACAAGGGACUCCAGUACUAUCUGACCAAGAAGGGGAAAUUGAGUUACUGGAUCGGGCUGAGACAAACAGCAACCACAUGGACCUGGGAGGACAAGACUGAGCUGACAGAGAGUUAUUGGGCGGAUGGUGGGUCAGCGGGGGAUUGUGGGAUCCUGAGCAGUGAUAUACCAGCAGAGAAAAACUGGAUGAAGUAUUCCUGUAAGGGCUCCACCUACUUCAUCUGUCAGCAGUAGCUCUGACCACUUCUGCUCUUUCUUUACGAAUUAAUGAGGAAACCAAUUUCCUGUCAACAAGCAGCAACUCCUCCGUAACAUUUCAAACCAUGUCUUCUUCACUUCAAAUGAGUAAUAACCAGCAUUGAAAGAUUGUAAUAUUAUAGUUUCAUAUUUAACACUUGAAAAGAGAUAUAGUCAGUCUAUUAUAUUAUAUUUGUGUGUAGCAUUGUGUUGUCUUACUGUAUAAUUUAAUGAUCUGCUGUUCUUUUUCUUCAAAUGACUCACUGUGGCCAGUGAGUUUGUUUCAACAAGGUUUUAUUGUCAUAUAAAAAGCAACUACAUAAUAAGUU